AUGUCUCUCUCCGCACCGACACCGCCUCUUCUACUUACCAAACGACUCACCGGUUUCCUGCGCUCCAACUUGUCGCCCCAAAUCCACACAGCCCUCUUGACCACUCUAUCCGGCAAACUCCUCGCCCACGCCUCAGCGCAUCCCGUCAGCACCCUCCGAACCCAGUGUACAGUCGCCGCUUCCGUAUGGUCAAUAUACUCGUCUGGUCCUCCCGCGAACGACGCAUUACCGCAAAGCGCAGCACGGGGCUCUCGGAACGGCACCGAGAACAAGCCGACCGCCGUCACAAUACAACUAAGCGCCGGCGUCCUCGUAGUCAGGAAGCUGAGAUGUGGACUCUUGUUCGUGUGUAUAGGUCCCGCGCCUGAUGGUACUAGCGCUCCUGCUUCCGAUCAGAGCCAGUCCCACGCACAAGGGGCACCGCAGCAGAGUUUAGCGGUUCCGGGCUCGCAACAGUCACAACCUGGAGCAGCGGGAGAUACCCAUUCCAGUCCGCCACUGGGCAGCCCCAGUGAGGUCGCCAGCGUGGCCAGUGCGGCACCCACGAUGAACAGUGUCGCAACCACCGGCACUGUGACUACAGGAGCUGUGGUGCUGAUGAGAAGACAGGCGGAGGACUUGGCGCGGUGGUUGGACGACAAGCUAGGAACGUUGGGCAUUCCAGACGAAGAAAGUUGA